AUGAGCUCAAAUGAUGAAGAAGACGUUAUAUUCAAUAAAUUAUAUCGACAAGGAAAAGGCUUAACAGAUGAUUAUCAAAAUGUCCCUAAAGUUUAUACACAGUUACCUACUAAUGAUGAGCCCGUAUUACUAAAAUUACGAGAAGAUUCUAGAUCUGCAUUUUUACAGCGUAGAAGUCGGGAGAUAUUAGAUAAUGAUGAAUUACAGAAAUUAUGGUUUUUGUUAGACAAGCACCAUACACCACCUAUAUUAGAAGGAGAACAGAUGAUUAGUUAUGAUGACUUUCUAUUAGUAGCAGAAAAGGCUGGGACCAAGUGCAAAUCAUUUUUCAAACCCUCCGUAUUUGCUCAGUUAGUACAAACAGAUCCCUAUGGUAGAAUAUCAAUCAUGCAAUUUUUUAACUAUGUUAUGAAGAAGAUGUGGUUAUAUCAGACUAGGAUAGGUCUAGCUCUAUAUGAUGUAGCUGGUCAGGGCUAUCUGAAGGAAUGUGAUUUAGAAACUUAUAUAUUAGAAUUGAUACCAACUUUACCACAAUUAAAUGGUUUGGAGAAAUCAUUCUAUUCAUUUUAUGUGUGUACAGCUGUCAGAAAGUUUUUUUUCUUUCUUGAUCCUGUUAAAACUGGUAAAAUCAAAAUAGUAGAUAUCUUGACAUGUAGUUUCCUAGAUGAUCUCUUAGAGUUAAGAGAUGAAGAAUUAUCAAAAGAAAUCCAAGAAUCCAACUGGUUUUCAGCACCAUCAGCUUUAAGAGUUUAUGGUCAAUAUUUAAAUUUAGAUAAAGAUAGAAAUGGUAUGCUCAGUAAAUCAGAGUUAGCGAGAUAUGGUACUGGAACUUUAACUGAUGUAUUUUUAGAUAGAGUGUUCCAGGAAUGUUUAACAUAUGAAGGAGAAAUGGAUUACAAGGCAUACCUGGACUUUGUAUUAACAAUGGAAAAUAAACGAGAACCCCAAUCAUUACGUUAUUUAUUUAGAAUAUUAGACAUUAAUUAUAAAUCUAGUCUCAAUGUCUUUUCAUUUAAUUUCUUCUUUAGGGCAAUUCAAGAACAAAUGAAAUUACAUGGUCAAGAACCAGUUAUAUUUCAUGAUAUAAAAGAUGAAAUAUUUGACAUGGUUAGACCAGCUGAUCCUUAUAAAAUAACUCUGGAAGAUUUAAUUAACUGUGGUAAAGGUGAUACAGUUGUUAGUAUAUUGAUAGAUUUUAAUGAUUUCUGGGCGUAUGAGAAUCGAGAAUAUUUAGUACCAGAAGUUUCCGAUGAAACAGAUAUAUAA